GUGUUUACUCUGGAGACCACACCGAUUUUAGCUACAAAAUUCAGCAAAUUAUCCUAAUUCGCGGUAAAUUGUGCCGUUCUAGAAAUACCGACCAACUUAUCGGUUGCUUUUACUGCUGGUAUGUGGGAAUAAGCUGCAAUGGACACAUCACCUUUCUACGGCGUUCCGCCGAUUGAAAGCGACGACAGCUGCCUCAGUGACAGCGACAGUGACAGCGACGAGGACAACAGAGCAACACCAAGUGACGACAGCAGCGCCGACGAAGACCCUGACUGGACUGACGACGCGACUGCGCGCACCAGCGCUGCCACGACGAGAAGGACGUCGGCCGCUGCUUCGACGAAAUGGCAGGAGGUCGUGUGGGACUCGGUUCAACAGCAGACCUCUGCAAAACACUAUCCUGUCUGGCAAGGCACCCUUCCAGAUGCGGAUGAAAUCAGAGAACCCGUUCAGUACUUCCGAGACUUUUUCGACGCCGAACUUUUGGAAACGAUUUCGCAGCAAAGUAAUCUAUAUUGUGCACAAGAAAAUCCCAACAGUGCCCUUAAAUUGGAUCCCAGUGAGCUGGAGCAGUUUAUUGGCACUGUGAUGUAUAUAAGUGUUGUACACUUGCCAAGGUUACGGAUGUACUGGUCCAAUGAUUGUCGAAUACGGCAGGUGGCCGAUGUGAUCUCCCGAGACCGAUUUGACGAAAUUACAAAAUUCCUUCACUUCAACGACAACAACAACAUGGCGGCGAGCAACAGAGACAAGCUCUUCAAAAUCAGGCCAAUUGUUGAUUCCCUUCUGCAAAAAUUUCAGGCUAUCCCUCAAGACCAAAUGCUGUUCAUUAGUGAACAGAUUGUCCCUUUCAAAGGGAGAUCCUCUCUAAAGCAAUACAUGCCCAAGAAGCCUCAUCGAUGGGGAUAUAAAAUCUACGUGCUUUGUGACACAAAAGGUCUGGUGCAUUCGUUUGACAUAUUUACAGGCAAAACCGCUGCUGAACACGGAGAACCCGACAUUGGGCCGACUGGAAACAUCGUGCUGAAGCUCGCACAAGCCAUCCAGCGUGCCGACCAUCACCUGCUCUAUUUUGACUACUGUUUCUCUUCCUUGGAUUUGUUCGCUGCUCUUGCGAAUAAGGGGCUUCCAGCGCUUGGGACGGUGCAGCAGAACCAACUGCAAGGGUGCUGUUUCAGCACCGACUCCGACAUGAAGGAGAAGGGAAGAGGGACGUUCGAAGAGAAAAAGGUUGUCUUCGACGGUGCAGAAAUGAGGGCAGUCAAAUGGUUUGACAGUAAGGGGGUGAUUGUUGCCAGCAAUUUCCCCGGUGCCCAUUCUGUCUCUAGAGUGAAAAGAUGGGACAAAACGUUGAAACACAACGUCUUUGUGACAUGCCCGAGCAUCAUUAGCCUGUAUCACAAGUUCUUGGGAGGCAUCUAUGCGCUCAACGCGCAAAUUGCGUCGUGUCGCAUCCAGGUCAGGUCAAAGAAGUACUAUCACAGGUUCUUUUUUCACUUUGUCGAUAUGGUGGUUGUGAACAGCUGGCUGUUGUAUCAGCGGGACUGUGAUUCUCUGGACGUUCCAAAAAAGGAGCGGAAGGACUUGCUUGCUUUUAGAACAUCAGUGGCGCAAGCGCUCUGCAUGCAGUUCAAUGAAAUCUCCAGCGUAAAGAGGGAACCGCCGUCACCUGACGUGGAAAGGGAAUUGCAAAAGAAGAGAUUUCGGGGUCCAUCUCGGGCUCUUCCAACCAUGGAGGUCCGGUCAGAUGCCGUGGGUCACUGGCCAAUGACCGACAGUGAGCGGCAGCGCUGCAAGUUCAGUAAAUGCAAGGGCCAGAGUGUCUACAAAUGCUCAAAGUGCGGCAUUCACCUGUGCCUCAACAAGCACAAGAACUGCUUCAUAGAAUUUCACAAGUAACAAUAGUUUCGUUCUGCAAAUGAAGAGCAACAGCCAGACGAUCUCCUUCGAUAUUUUCUGCUACAGAGCAGAAUUCAUGGUUGCCUCAAUUACGACAGGUCAUCCAGUUCCUGAUGGGUUACAUCCGGGGUGUCAAACUCAUUUUCGCUUUGGGCCAAAUCAAGAUCAUGAAUGCUCUUAAACGGCCA